UUCUAACCAUAUUGAUUUUAGUGUUUGAAUCUGUGUUCUCUUAUCCCGACUCGAACACCGGUCCGAUUCUUUUGAAGAAACAUUGGCAAAGGGUGUUUAUUAAGGAAAUGAAAUCAUCACAUGUUUGAAUUCUCUAAAGAAAAACUAACCAUACCCCAUGUAUUAAGGGAAAAGUGAAAUUUGUUGAAGGGGCUAUGUGAAACUUCAAACUAUUUGGGGGGAUCUGAAUUGUAAUUUGUUGAAGGUUCCUUAGUGCUUUAAACCUCGAUCUCUAUUUAAACUCCUAGCACCCCUCUGCCAUAAACAAAAAACCAAUAUUAUUUUUAUGGUUUAAUGGAGAUGUGGACAAUCCAAAGAAGAAACCAGGUUCUUGAUACCAUACUUUUGCUUGGAAUAGUUCUGGUUUUGAUCAACAUAAAUGGUGUUGAAAGCAGAAAGUACAGUGCUUCAUUGACAGACUUUGGAGGGGUUGGUGAUGGAGUAACAUCAAAUACGAAGGCUUUUCAAGCUGCCAUUUUUAACCUCAGCCAAUAUGCAUCAGAUGGUGGGUCUUUACUCUUUGUUCCACCAGGAAAAUGGCUAACUGGUAGUUUUAGCCUUACCAGCCAUUUCACUUUGCAUAUCCACAAGGAUGCUACUCUUCUUGCUUCGCAGGAUGAGAGUGAAUGGGCUGUCAUUGAUCCUUUACCAUCCUAUGGUCGAGGAAGGGAUGCCGAUGGUGGAAGAUAUAUCAGUCUUAUUUUCGGAACCAACCUCACUGAUGUCGUGAUAACAGGUGAUAAUGGCACUAUUGAUGGUCAGGGUGUUACCUGGUGGAACAAAUUCCAUAAGGGAGAGUUGAAAUACACCAGGCCUUACCUUAUUGAGAUCAUGUAUUCAAAUGAAGUCCAAAUCUCUAAUCUCACAUUGAUGAAUUCUCCUUCCUGGAAUGUUCAUCCUGUUUAUAGCAGCAAUGUUGUCGUUCAAGGAUUAACGAUCCUCGCACCAGUAACUUCUCCGAACACCGAUGGGAUCAACCCAGAUUCUUGCACGAAUACCCGGAUCGAGGACUGCUACAUUGUUUCUGGAGACGAUUGUGUAGCUGUUAAGAGUGGCUGGGAUGAGUACGGUAUCAAGUUUGGUAUGCCAACGAAGCAGCUAGUGAUCAGACGGCUCACAUGCAUUUCUCCAUUCAGUGCAGUGAUUGCACUAGGCAGUGAGAUGUCUGGCGGAAUUGAGGAUGUUAGGGCCGAAGACAUAACAGGCAUUAAUUCCGAGUCGGCUGUUAGGAUCAAAACCGCUGUAGGAAGAGGAAACUAUGUCAAGGACAUAUAUGUAAGAAGGAUGACUAUGAAAACCAUGAAAAUGGUGUUUUGGAUGGCAGGGAACUACGGUUCUCACCCCGACAACGAUUAUGAUCCUAAUGCAAUCCCUGUUAUACAAAAUAUCAAUUUCCGUGACGUCGUUGCCGAGAAUGUAACCAUGGCAGCUAGGUUGGAGGGAAUUCCAGGCCAUCCAUUUUCUGGGAUUUGUAUAUCCAAUACAACCAUCGGAUUAACACAAAAGCCAAAGAAGAUUCAAUGGAAUUGCACUGAGAUUGCUGGGGUAUCAAGUAAUGUUACACCUCAGCCUUGCAAUCUGCUGACCGAUCAAGGGCCAGAUAAUGCCUGCAAUUUCCCAGAGGACAGCUUCACAAGUGCCAUAGUGUAAGUCUAUAUGUGUUUAUACAGAAAAUUUGUGACAAUAUAAAGUCAAGAUAUUAAUUUCUUUUAUGUAAAAUGAAAUUACAUAAUUUAUGUAAGAAACAAUGAUUACUGGAA